AAUGGAUCAUUUCUGAACCUGAAACAACAUCACUAAACUUAACUCUCAGACUGCGAGUUUCUGGUAUUGGCUUCUGAUGGCCUCUGGGAUAAGGUUAGUGAUGAAGAGGCAGUGAAUGUUGUAUUGAAGAAUCGAGAGUUUAUGAAGUCAUGUAAAGAUCUUGUUGAAAUGUCUUGUAGAAGAGAUUUCAUGUUCUCUCGCGAACGAAGAUCUCAGUCUCUCGCGAACGAAGAUCUCCAAUCCUUGCUGAUUUUCCUAAUUUCAUUCAAGCCUUUUCCAAUUUUUGGACAAUCCAAAACUUGGUGGAACAAGAGGAAGAAGAUUGCAACUUCUUGCAACCAGCUGAUGAGCAAGGUGAACGAAAAAAGAAAGGAUUUAUCAGUCGAAAUGCUUAUGCGAAAGAGAGUUGCUCCACUUAGUCAAGGUUAUGAUAUCAGUGAUGGAGCCAACUACUUGAGAUGGUUGCUCUCUCAUGCUCGGUAGAUACAAGCUCUUGGAAAAGAAUAUAUAGAUAUGUGUAUAUAUGUAUUUUUAUUUUAAACUUUUUUUAGGUAUAUGACUUGCAAAUGUGGCACAAUCUAUUAGCACUAUGACAACAUCUUUUGUAUUUGGAAGCAAAGUUGGUUGAAGCUAUUUAUGAACUUAAAUCAAGCAACAGUAUGCAAAGUU